CAGUAGCCAGAGGUGUUCGAGGUCGUUUAUAUCUCAAACCACCAUUUGAGGGUUUUUUCUUUUCCACAGAGAAGAGCUGGUGAACCGGAAGGUCAGGUUUAAUCACUGAUCUCCCGGGAAGACUAGUACUUCUCAGGGAGCCCUUAAUGAACCGCGACAUGCUAUAUAUGAGCAGUUGAUAAACAAAUUUCACAUUAUAGAAACACUAAAACUAAUCUAUAUUUAGAAGAGAACAUGCAAACAGUUGCACAUAUUAUAUUUCUUAACAAAAACCAUUAAGGCGUUUUAACUUCCAGCUCUGGCUAAAACGGUGUCCAUAGAGUUUGAUAUUUGCCCAGUCUGGUCUCUAGUGCUCAUGAUGUUUAUCAGUAUAUUUAUAUGGUUUGAGACACGCGCUGCUUCACAUCCUCAUCUUUUCGUUUUUUGGAAAGCGUUGUUUUUUUUAGCUUUCAUUUUCGUUUGUUUCCACAGCUCCGUGGGACUGAAGACGGCUUUCUCUCAGCUCUGUUUUCGCUGGCGUUUGGAGGAAGAGUCAAAGCGAUGGACGUCGACGGAUAUGACUUAUAUACAGCAGGCGCCGAGGGUCAAGAUGCUGGACCGUCUCUGGAUGACAUCAUAAAUCAGCUGCGCUUACAGCCAGAAGAGGACAUUUACACGGACCGCGGUGAAAUACCGCGUCCCUCAGCGCCUCUAGAUAUGGCUACGUUUAAAAUCAGAGUGGACUGGACAGGGCCCUUUCCAGACAGAUGGAGAGCAAGAUUACAGAUAGCCCUUCAGAGCUGGUUGUCCAAACUGGAAAGAACAAUAUCUGUCCACGGGGUUAAACUCACGGAUGAUCCGUCCUGUGCGAAGUGCAGAUAACACCAUCAACAGGUGGGAGAAUCGCAAAUACGCUCUAAAGAUGUUAAAAUAUCACAGAACUGCAUCUCUUAAGUUUAAAGAUUAUAAGGAUGGUAAAGUUAAAGAAGAAAAAGAAAUAAUUGUUCGGAUUUAUCUGGAUGAAGCACAACCUGUGACUGUACCACAAAGGUCCCUCAUGAAGGAGAACAUAGCUCUGUCAUAUAAGGUGAACGGCUGCACUACAGCAGUAUCAGAAGACACAAACAAUAGCGAGGAUGUUGUUGCAACUAACAGAGCUUUAAAAGUUGCUGAGAUCACAAAAACAUUCGAAAUGACCCAUGAGACCUCGCCUAGACUUUCUGUUUCCAUCCAAUACUUCUGGUACAUGCUUCACGUGUACAGAAAGGAUCUGGAGCUAAUUGAGAAACAACAUGGAGUCUCUCUACUUUCAGAAGUGUCAGUCUUAUUCAAACCCACCCAGGGUUCAAGCCCUGAUUCUGUGUCUAAAGCCUCUGAAGACUUUCAGAAUCUUCUCUAUGAAUGCGUGGAGAGUUGUAGUUAUGCUGACAUUAAUCAUAAUGACAUGGAUUCAGAUGUUGUGAAAGAGUCCUUACAUAACGUCCAGUCAGAGAAGACAAAGAUGAUGUUCACCAUGUCUGCCCGUGACUGUCAGUUCUUUGGACCGAAGGAGUUUAUGGAUAGGAUUACAAAAGACACGACAAGAGCAGAAAAACAAUUUAAGAUCAAACCACUUGAAAUGGAUGGAUAUUCACUGGACAUGGACACAAAAGACCUUCAGACUGAGCUUGAGAUGGACAAGGUUUAUUGGGAUCUAAUGAAACUUUCAUAUAAGGAACAAUUAUCACAGCUUGAAACAAAGUAUGGAGUCUUGUUUCAUGAAGUCAAUCUGCAGAAAAAUGUAAUUAAGGUUCAGGCUCGAUCCGAAGGAGUUCAGCACAUUAAUCUUGAAAGCCAUGCCAUGAGAGCUUUAACAAAUCUUUACCAGAAACUAGCCUCAGCCGCGGUCAGCUGUGAACUCACAAAACCAACACAGAAAACUGAUGUGGCUUCAAUAGUAGAGGAACUUCAGCAGCAGCAGCACUGUGUUGUUGCAGCAGAUGCAUUCAGUUCCUGGAAGCUCGUUGGACUGCCUGAACAUCUCGGUCCUGCUAUUACUAACAUCGAGAACAAACUGAAGAAGCAUGUGUUUGAUGACAAGAUGAAGAAACUGAUUGGUCACUCAGAAGACGUUCCUCACGCGAGAGGAAUCAGCUGGACUCAGAUGCUUGAUCUUAGUCCUGGAGCAGGACGGGACGAGCGAGAGAACUUUAGAGGACGGGAUGAUAGUGAUUUCAAUAAAGAAGUAGAAGAAGAUUCUAGACGUGAUGGUAAAGGUGCUCAGGCUGAAGAGGAGAUGUGCGCUAUUUGUAGGGACGACUUCACUGACAAGACAAAACUCAAAUGUGGGCACGAAUUCUGUCAGGAAUGUAUAGAUUUGUCAGUGAAGAGCCUGGGACCCAUCUGUCCUGUGUGUAAAGAAGUGUUUGGGAGAUUGGAGGGAAACCAACCGAAUGGAAAAAUGACUGUAACGAGGAGCAUGUUGAGUCUCCCUGGAUAUUCACACUGUGGCACCAUCGAAAUACACUACAACAUACCCAGUGGCAUUCAAACGAAGAACCAUCCAAACCCAGGAAAAAAUUUUCAUGGUGCAACCCGUCUUGCGUACUUGCCUGACAAUCUUGAAGGAAAUGAAGUGCUCAAACUGCUGCAGAGGGCUUUUAACCAGAAACUGAUCUUUACUGUCGGGACCUCGACAACUUCUGGUGUACAGAAUGCUGUGACCUGGAAUGAUAUUCAUCAUAAGACCAGCAGAUCCGGCGGCUCUCUAAACUAUGGUUAUCCAGACCCUGGCUACCUGAAGAGAGUGAAGGACGAGUUGAAGGCCAAAGGCAUUGAAUGAGGGUUUUAUCGAUAUUUUCUCAAAUACAUUUCAAACUGUUUAUUACAUGAAGAAGUUUCAGAAGUAUUCAGACACUUGAUAAUACACACCUGGUUGCCUGAAGAACACACUUCAUAAAUGGACAAGAACUAAAUGAAUCAUUUGUUUCCAACUACAGGUGGGUUUGUUUGUGACCCUGAACCACAAAACCAGUUAAAUCUAAAUAUUGAGAAAAUCAGAAUUAAGUUCUUAGCAAUGCAUUAGCAAUUUUCAACUUCAUGUCUAAUAACUCUCAGAGGUGACUGUUAGGGUUGGUUGAGGGUCAGUAGAACUUGACAUAUACUUGCAGUUUCUGAUAGUCAGUAAAUAGGAUGUUGUGGACCCAUCAAAAUAAAGUAACAGCAGAUGUUAAGUAAACAGUUUAAUAAUACUCUAAUGACUGCUAGUGGACAUGUAUUUGCUAAUGACUUACUAUUGGACGAAUGUCUAAAGUGGGCUGUCAAAAUAAAGUGUUACCAAUCUAAACACUGGAUGAAGCCAGUUUCAAAAUUCUUAUUGAAUUUUUCUUUUACGAAUUAGAGUCAAAUGUUAUGGAGGGAAUUUUGGGUAUGUCAUUUUGUUGCUCCAUAAUUCAGAAAAUACUUAGAACAAUCAGAAAACAACAGUUUUUUGUAAAAACCUUCAGGACAUAGCCUUUGAGAUAUGUAUUGUAAUUUAAAGCUAUUGAUAUAAAUAGAGAAAUAGUGCUAUCAAACUAAUACUUAACAGUGUCUUUGGGAUGUUCAAAAACAUGAACGUAAAAGCAUUAUUACAUUGUAUGUAUCCAUGGAUUAAACAACAUUGAAGCAUUCAA